AUGGCCGAUGACGAAUCGCUACUGCUCGAGGCAUGUCGACAGGAUUCCCUCUAUCCGAUUUACUUUGAACAUAUCAAUGCCGGUCGAAUGCAGAUUCUCGGCGAUUGUUACUACUGCGUUAGCGGUCUGCCGGAUGUUAAUCAUCACCAUGCAGCAUGCACUGUGGAAAUGGGACUCGACAUGAUUGAAACCAUCAAGCUUGUGCGAGAUAUGACUCGAGUUAAUGUGAAUAUGCGAGUCGGUAUUCAUUCGGGUCGUGCACAUUGUGGUGUUCUGGGACUGAAAAAGUGGCAGUUCGACGUGUGGAGUGACGAUGUCACUUUGGCAAAUCACAUGGAAAGUGGAGGGCUACCUGGCCGUGUCCAC